UUCUCAUCCCUGAAAGCACACGGCAAACAUUUGUUAACCAAAAAUUGUGCUGAUACUAAAAUAUUCUCAGUUUUACUUAAAAAGUUUAAGUAAUAGAAUCGCUAAAAAAUAUUUAACAAUGGCAGAUGUUUUAGACAUUGACAAUGCAGAAGAGUUCGAAGUUGAUGAUGAAGGAGAUCAAGGAAUUGCCAGGCUUAAGGAAAAAGCAAAGAAAAGGAAGGGCAGAGGCCAUGGUUCAGAGCUUGUUUCCGUUCGAGACGAUGUGGGACAUUACGAAUCAAUGAACGUUGUUGAAGACAACGACGACGAGCCGGGACCACAAAGAUCGGUUGAAGGAUGGAUUUUAUUCAUUAAUUCUGUUCAUGAAGAAGCUCAGGAAGACGACAUUCAUGAUAAAUUUUCCGAAUUUGGAACGAUAAAAAAUUUACAUUUAAAUUUGGACAGAAGAACUGGAUUUCUUAAAGGUUAUGCUCUGGUGGAAUACGAAACAUUUAAAGAAGCUCAAGCUGCAAAAGAGGAACUUAAUGGCAAAGAAAUUUUGGGUCAAGCCAUUUCAGUCGACUGGUGCUUCGUUAAAGGUCCCAAAAAGUAAAAUCAAAAAGAGGAGUCACAGGAGACGUUAGAAGUAAUUUACGUAGAAUUAGUAAAUAACAUUGGACUAAAAUUUCUAAAAAAAAUGAAUAAUGAGAGGGACUAUAUUAAGGAGCUAUUUGUUAAGUAAAAUUAAUAAGGAAAUAAAAGUAAAUAACGAAUCCUAAGUGAUUGUAUUUAUCUGGAACAAAGUUUAAAAAGAAAACAUUUGAAAAUGUACUACAAAUAAUUUUGUUUAUUCUUAAAUAUACGCUCACAUAACAUA